AUGGCUCUACGACGCACCGCGAUCUGCGUCACCCUGGGUCUCACUGCUCUUCCAGGCGCCUCUGGCCUGCUGUCCACGCCGGCGGCGUCGGAGGAUCGCUGGCCCUGGAGCCGUAAGGCGGAGGCUGAGACGGUGUCGCACCGCACUAGCGAGCUGAGGAUUCACGUCACCUCCAUUGGUGGCGUGGGCACCACGGGAAUAAUGGAGGAGAUGAAGCAGAUGAGCCCCCCGAUCGUCACCAACGACCCCAUCGACAAUGAUCAGAUCAAGCAUGUGCCGUACAGUAAGCUCGUCGGGAUGGCUGGCUUCAAGCGCGAGAGGCCCCAGAAAGUCGUUUACCUGUACGGCGACCCCACCCGCGCGAUCAUGUCCUUGGACAGGAGAGGCUGGUUCAUGAUCCAGGCCCGAAAGACUCGCACCGACCCGUUCCCGCACCCAUUCCCGAAGAACCUCAAGCAGUAUGUUGACGACGCGCAGGAGGAUUUCUUCCAGUUCGAGAAGCACUUCGACUCGUACUACCAGCAGUGCGAUAUGCCUGUCGCCUUCCUGCGUGCCACGGAGAAGACCGACCACAUCAGGGAGCUGGCCGAGUUUCUGGAGGUGAACUCCACCGAGGCCCGCCGCGUGCUGCAGCCGUGGAAGCCUGCCGCAAGCGCCCUGCAGCUGGAGGAUGCGGUGGUGCCCCUCGAAUUCAACCCGGACGUCCUGCCGAGCAACAACACGUAUUCCGACGUGUCGCCGGAGGUUAAGGCGAAGCUCAGGGGGAAGUUGGCGAGCCUCAUGAAGAAGUACGACUCGCUCCCUGGCUUCAAGGCGAUCAUCCCGGGCAAGGACUGCAACAAGUGA